CACACUCCCCCUCACCAGUCACCACCCACCGUCUCCAUCACUCUCCUUCUCUCACUCUCUCCACUUUUCUAAUUUCUAGUAGUUACUGCUCCUCACAUAACCAACACAACCGCCUCGCUCUCACCCUCUCGGUCUGCGAUUCACUUUGAUAUAGAAAAGUAGAAGGUGGGACUCGAAAGCAGAACGGCGGGUGAAGGACAUGGGAGACAAGGGCGAGGUUCUGGAGGCGAUAGUGAAGGAGGCAGUGGAUUUGGAAAACAUACCCAUUGAGGAGGUUUUUGAGAACUUGAGGUGUAGUAAAGAGGGUUUAUCCAGCGAUGGAGCCAAAGAGAGAUUGGAAAUUUUUGGGCAAAACAAACUCGAGGAAAAGAAGGAGAGCAAAUUUUUGAAGUUUUUGGGCUUUAUGUGGAACCCUUUAUCGUGGGUCAUGGAAGCAGCUGCUAUCAUGGCUAUUGCUCUUGCUAACGGAGGAGGGAAACCUCCUGAUUGGCAAGAUUUUGUGGGCAUCAUAACCCUUCUUCUCAUCAAUUCCACCAUAAGCUUCAUCGAGGAAAACAAUGCUGGCAAUGCCGCCGCUGCGCUUAUGGCUCGUCUUGCUCCAAAGGCGAAGGUCCUAAGGGAUGGGCGAUGGAGCGAAGAAGAUGCCUCCAUUCUGGUUCCAGGAGACAUAAUCAGCAUUAAACUAGGUGAUAUCAUUCCUGCCGAUGCCCGUCUUCUUGAAGGGGAUCCAUUGAAAAUCGAUCAGUCUGCGCUUACUGGAGAAUCUUUGCCAGUAACUAAAAGCCCUGGAGAUGGCGUUUACUCUGGUUCUACAUGCAAGCAAGGAGAGAUUGAAGCAGUUGUUAUUGCUACCGGUGUUCAUACCUUCUUCGGCAAAGCUGCUCAUCUUGUUGAUACUACUAAUCAAGUUGGUCAUUUUCAAAAGGUAUUGACCGCAAUUGGGAACUUCUGUAUAUGUUCAAUUGCUAUUGGUAUGAUAAUAGAAAUAAUUGUCAUGUAUCCUAUUCAAGAUCGCAAAUAUCGGCCAGGGAUAGACAAUCUUUUGGUGUUACUGAUUGGUGGGAUUCCGAUUGCCAUGCCUACUGUCUUGUCCGUCACAAUGGCAAUUGGAUCUCACCGCCUGUCUCAGCAGGGUGCAAUUACAAAAAGAAUGACUGCAAUUGAAGAAAUGGCCGGGAUGGAUGUGCUCUGCAGUGACAAGACGGGGACAUUGACAUUGAACAAACUGACCGUGGACAAGAAUCUGAUUGAGGUUUUUGCAAGAGGAGUAGAUAAGGAAGCUGUUAUUCUAAUGGCUGCAAGAGCUUCUCGAAUAGAAAAUCAAGAUGCCAUUGACACAGCUGUUGUGAAUAUGCUAGCUGAUCCAAAGGAGGCGAGAGCUGGCAUUCAAGAAGUUCAUUUUCUUCCUUUUAACCCAACUGACAAACGAACGGCACUAACGUAUAUUGACAGUCAUGGAAAAAUGCAUCGAGUUAGUAAAGGUGCACCAGAGCAGAUUCUUAACAUGGCACACAAUAGAUCAGAAAUUGAACGCAGAGUUCAUGCUGUAAUUGACAAGUUUGCUGAACGUGGACUUCGAUCCCUUGCAGUUGCAUAUCAGGAAGUUCCAGACAGCAGAAAAGAAAGUCUCGGAGGCCCUUGGCAAUUCAUAGGUCUUAUGCCUCUGUUUGACCCUCCUAGACAUGAUAGUGCAGAAACUAUCCGAAGGGCACUCAAUCUUGGUGUCAAUGUUAAAAUGAUCACAGGGGAUCAACUUGCAAUUGCUAAAGAGACAGGGCGCCGCCUAGGAAUGGGAACAAACAUGUACCCAUCUUCUUCAUUGCUUGGCCAAAACAAAGAUGAGUCAAUUGCUGCUUUGCCUAUUGAUGAGCUGAUUGAGAAGGCUGAUGGCUUUGCUGGUGUCUUUCCGGAGCAUAAAUAUGAGAUUGUGAAACGCUUGCAAGCAAGAAAACAUAUUUGUGGAAUGACUGGUGAUGGUGUGAAUGAUGCUCCUGCACUGAAGAAGGCAGAUAUUGGCAUUGCUGUUGCUGAUGCAACUGAUGCUGCACGUAGUGCUUCUGACAUUGUCUUAACAGAACCUGGUUUAAGUGUCAUCAUUAGUGCUGUACUGACAAGCCGUGCAAUUUUUCAGAGAAUGAAAAAUUAUACAAUUUAUGCAGUUUCCAUUACCAUUCGUAUAGUGCUUGGUUUCAUGUUGCUGGCACUUAUAUGGAAAUUUGACUUCCCUCCAUUUAUGGUUUUGAUCAUUGCCAUCCUGAAUGAUGGUACAAUUAUGACAAUAUCUAAGGACAGGGUGAAGCCAUCUCCUCUUCCAGACAGCUGGAAGCUGGCUGAGAUUUUUGCCACUGGCAUUAUCCUUGGUGGUUAUCUGGCUAUGAUGACAGUGAUUUUCUUCUGGGCAGCUUAUAAGACUGAUUUUUUUCCGCGAAUUUUUCAUGUUUCAAGUCUACAAGACACUGCUCGAGAUGAUUUUAGAAAGCUUGCAUCAGCAAUUUAUCUGCAAGUCAGUACAAUCAGUCAGGCGCUUAUAUUUGUUACACGAUCUAGGAGUUGGUCCUUUGUUGAGCGCCCUGGUCUGUUGCUUGUUAGUGCUUUUGUUAUUGCUCAGCUGGUUGCUACUUUGAUUGCAGUAUAUGCAAACUGGAGUUUUGCAGCCAUUGAAGGGAUUGGAUGGGGGUGGGCUGGUGUUGUUUGGCUGUAUAACAUCAUCUUCUACAUCCCACUUGAUUUUAUCAAGUUUAUUAUCCGUUAUGCUUUGAGUGGGAGGGCUUGGGAUCUUAUGCUUGAGCAGAGGAUUGCUUUCACAAGGCAGAAAGAUUUUGGAAAGGAGGCACGAGAACUCAAAUGGGCACAUGCUCAGAGAACUCUGCAUGGAUUGCAUCCUCCAGACACCAAAAUGUUCAGUGAGAGGACUGGUGCUGAGCUCAAUCAGAUGGCUGAAGAAGCAAGACGUCGUGCUGAAAUUGCAAGGUUAAGAGAAUUGCACACUCUGAAGGGGCAUGUGGAGUCGGUCGUUAGAUUAAAGGGCCUCGACAUUGGCACAAUUCAGCAGGCUUAUACCGUUUGACAAUCCUUUGUGCAGAUCUCAGCCAUAUCGCUUGGCUUGUAAUUCUUCAAAAAUGUGGACAUAUAUAAAUAUGUGUUUCAUACUGUUAUGUUGUAUCUAGAGGCAUUCACAUCAAUGUUUUCCACUGCGCUAGCUUGAGGGUGAACCUUUUCCUUUUCUGUUCU